GCGUAGGGUGCAGCAGCAGCAGACUCGGCUGACGGAUCUAUUGUUCCUUUUCCUCAGAGUGGAAGCUCAUUCUCCUUCAGUGACCCGGCGGACGAGCAGGGCAGAGCAGAGGAGAGCGGCUCUGCUGGAUUACCCUUUCGACGGGACUCAGGGACAGAAGGACCCUCACACCAGAGGGACAAAAGAGCGCACCCCUCUCCCCCACUCCGCCUCCCCGCGGACGCAGACUGCGCGCUCCCUCCCUCACCUCGUGCUUCUGUGGAUUUACUCGGCCGGCGUGUGCGAUGGGGACCCGCGCCACAGCUCCGAGAGGGUCUGUCCUCCCCCUGUGGGGGGCGGCGCUGCUGUUUUUGGGGCUCCGGGACGUGCUGGCACAAACGGCGGUGGACCCCAAACCUGUCUACAUCUGGCAAACAGGCCCGUGGGGUCGCUGCAUGGGCAGCGAGUGUGGGCCGGGGGGCAGCCAGAGCCGGGCGGUUUGGUGCGCCCACAUCGAGGGCUGGACCACCCUGCACACCAACUGCCCCCUGGCAACCCGCCCCGACAACCAGCAGAACUGCUUUCGGGUGUGCGACUGGCACCGGGACCUGUACGACUGGCAGCUGGGGGCCUGGGGGCCAUGCGUGGCCAUCUCGCUGCGGGUGUCGGGGGGCAUGGUGCGGCCCUCGGCCUGCGUGCGGGGCGAGGAGGGCCUGCAGACGCGGGUGGUGGGGUGCGUGCGGCUGGCGGACGGCACGCCCGCCGAGGACGACUCCAUCUGCGAGUACUUCGAGCCCCGGCCGCGGCUGGAGCAGGCCUGCCUCAUCCCCUGCCCCCGCGACUGCGUGCUGUCCGAAUUCUCCGCCUGGAGCGCCUGCUCCAGGGACUGCGGGACGGGCCUCCAGACCCGCGCCCGCGCCGUGCUGGCCCCACCCCUCUUCGGAGGCUCCGCCUGCCCCAACCUGACGGAGUACCGCACCUGCCAGCCAGAGGAGUGCCCGAGCGACGACGGGGGGUACGGCCUGAGGGUGGGGCCGUGGAGCGCCUGCUCGCCCCCACAGCCCCGCCUGGCCCGGCAGGUGCGCCAGGCCCGCAAGAAGAACAAGGAGAAGAACCGGGAGAAGGGCGGGGCCAGGGACCCCGAGACCCGCGAGCUCAUCAAGAAGAAACGCAACCGGAACCGGCAGAACCGGCAGGACAGCAAGCUGUGGGACCUGCAGGUGGGGGUGCAGACCCGGGAGCUGGUGUGCCUGAACAGGAACGGCACACCUGCCGCGCUCAGCUUGUGCUCUCAGGAGCGCCUCCCGGCAGCCUUCCGCUCCUGCGUGGUUCCCAGAGACUGCGAGGUGGGCGAAUGGUCGGCCUGGGGGACCUGCUCCAAGGACUGCUAUGACCCCAACGGCCCACAGGGGGGGCGCUCGCGCACCCGCCGAGUCCGCCGCUUUCCUGUGGGAGGGGGGGCUGAGUGCCCCGGGCUGGAGGAGACCGAGCCCUGUGCUCCACAGGGAGAGGGGGUGUCGCCCUGCACCGCUUACAGCUGGAGGACCUCAGAAUGGAGUGAGUGCAGGGUUGACGUGUUGCUAAGCCAACAGGACCGUCGCCGUGGCAGCCAGACGGGACUGUGUGGGGGUGGGAUCCAGACCCGGGAGGUCUACUGUGUCCAGGCCAGUUCAGACCCCGCCUCCUAUGUCAGCACGCCCAGAGACAAAGAAGCGUCCCGUCCUGUGAACAGCGACCUGUGCUUGGGGCCGGUCCCGAACACCACCCAGCUGUGCCACACCGAGUGCUCGGUCGAGUGUGUCGUGUCGCCCUGGUCCGCAUGGGGGCCCUGUACCUUCGAAAACUGCCAGGACCAAGCUGCGAAGAAGGGCUUCAAGCUGAGGAAACGGAGGAUCGUGAACGAGCCCACGGGCGGGGCCGGGAACUGCCCCCACCUGACGGAGGCCAUACCAUGUGACGACCCCAGCUGCUACGAUUGGCUGGUGCUGAAGCUGGAGGAGUGUAUCCCUGACAACGAGAAGCAGUGCGGCCAGGGAACGCAGGUGCCAGAGGUGCAGUGCAUCAACAGUGACGGUGUGCCGGUGGACAGGCAGCUGUGCCGGGAUGCUAUCCUCCCCAUCCCGGUGGCGUGUGAUGUGCCCUGCUCCAAAGACUGUGCCCUCAGCCCCUGGUCCCCCUGGUCGCUCUGCUCCCACACCUGCUCCGGGAAAGCCACGGAGGGCCGGCAGACCAGGGCCCGCGCCAUCCUGGCCUACAAUGCUGGCGUCGGGGGGACUCCGUGCCCCAACAGCAGUGCCCUGCAGGAGGUGCGGAGCUGCAACAGCCACCCCUGCACGGUGUACCACUGGCAGACGGGGACCUGGGGACAGUGCAUCGAAGACACCUCCUCCGCCUCCGCCAACGGCAGCUCCACCUCCGUCCGCGCGGGCGGCGGCGAGGUCUCCUGCUCCAUCGGCAUGCAGACGCGCAAGGUCAUCUGCGUCCGGGUCAGCAUGGGGCAGGUGCCCUCCAAAAAGUGUCCAGAGAGCCUGCGGCCAGAUACGGUCAGACCAUGCCUGCUGCCGUGCAAGAGGGACUGCAUCGUCAGCCCCUACAGCGAUUGGACGCCCUGUCCCUCCACCUGCCAGUCAGGUAGCGGAACAAAGAGGAAGCAGUCGAGGAAACGCAUCAUCAUCCAGCUGCCAGCCAAUGGGGGGCAGGAGUGUCCGGAGGUGCUGUCCCAGGAGAGGGAGUGCGAGGCCCCGUCUGUGUGCCAGGGGUACAGGUGGAAGACCCAUAAGUGGCGCCGGUGCCAGCUGGUUCCCUGGUUCAUUCGAAAGGACAGUCCAGGAGCCCAGGAGAACUGCGGGCCGGGCCUGCAAACCCGAGCGGUCUCGUGCCGGAAGCAGGACGGUGGGCAGGCGGACAUGGUGGAGUGCCUGAAGUCAGCGGGGUCCAUGCCAGCAGUCACCCAGCCCUGCCAGCUCCCGUGCCAGGACGACUGCCAGCUCACUGCCUGGUCCAAGUUCUCCUCCUGCUCUGCUGACUGUGUGGGCGUGCGGACCCGGAAGAGGGCGCUCGUGGGUAAGAGUAAGAAGAAAGAACAGUGCAAGAACACGCAGCUGUACCCGCUAAGCGAGACGCGCUACUGCCCCUGCGAUAAGUACAGCGCGCAGCCGGUGGGGAACUGGUCCGACUGCCUGCUGCCCGAGGCCGGCGGUGUGGAGGCCACGCCGGGAGCGAGGGGACCGGGCGACGGGAAGGUGUGUGGGCAGGGCUACCGCUACCAGGCCGUGGCCUGCUACGACCAGGACGGGCGUCUGGUGGAGACCUCCCGCUGCAGCAGCCAGGGCUACAUUGAGGAAGCUUGCAUCUUACCCUGUCCGUCGGACUGCAAGCUCAGCGAGUGGUCCAACUGGUCCCGCUGCAGCAAGUCCUGCGGCAGUGGGGUCAAAGUGCGGUCCAAGUGGCUCAGAGAGAAACCGUACAACGGCGGUCAACCGUGCCCCAAACUCGACCACGUCAGCCAGGCCCAGGUGUACGAGGUGGUGCCGUGUGUCAGUGACUGCAGUCAGUAUGUCUGGGUAGCGGAACCCUGGAGCGUGUGGAAGGUCAGCAACGUGGACCUGAAGGAGAACUGCGGAGAGGGCGUGCAGACCAGGAAAGUCAGAUGUGUGCAGAACACGAUUGACGGGCCGUCUGACCCGGUGGAGGACUACCUGUGCGACCCGGAGGAGAUGCCGCUGGGUGCGAGAGAGAGCCGUCUGCCCUGCCCGGAGGACUGUGUCCUGUCCGACUGGGGCCCCUGGAGCCGCUGCAGCAUGCCCUGCAGUGGCGGCAGCAGCAGGCAGAGGAGAGCCUACCCCAUCCGCCUGCCAGGGAAGGGUAAGCAGUGUCCCAGAUCCACCGAGACCGAGGCCUGCAAGCUCAACACCAACUGCUACCACUACUCCUACAACAUCACAGACUGGAGCACCUGUCAGCUGAGUGAAAGGGCUGUCUGUGGGCGGGGCAUCAAGACACGGGCGCUGGACUGCGUGCGCAGUGAUGGCAAGUCCGUGGACCUCAGGUUCUGCGAGGAGCUGGGACUGGAGAAGAAAUGGCUGAUGAAUGCUUCCUGUGUGGUGGAGUGUCCCGUCAACUGCCAGGUGUCCGACUGGUCGCCGUGGUCACAGUGCUCUGUCACCUGUGGGCUCUCAGGGGGGAUGCGGCGGCAGCGGUCGGUGAUCCAGGCCUCCCAGGGGGACGGCAGGCCCUGCCGCAUGCAGAUGGAGCAGUGGAAGCCGUGUCCCAUCAGGCCGUGCUACAGAUGGCAGUACAGCGGCUGGUCCGAGUGCAGAGCCGAGGACGCGCGCUGCGGAGAAGGCCAGCGUGUGAGGAACGCAUCCUGCUUCGUGUGGGACGGGACGCAGCAGAACGAGGGCAGUAUGGUGGAUGAGGACCUGUGUGGGGGCCUGGACCCCCUGCUGGGGGAGGGGGGCGAGAGGGUGACCGUGGAGGAGGCCUGCACCGUACCCUGCCCAGGUGACUGUUACCUGACAGAGUGGACAGCCUGGAGCAGCUGUGAGCUGACCUGUGUGAACGGAGUGGACCUCGGCCUCGGUUCUGCUCAGACCCGAUCCCGGGGGGUCAUCGUCCAGGAUCCAGAGAACCUCCUGCAAUGUCCAGAGCAGCAGUGGGAGUCGCAACCCUGCACAGACGGCCAGUGUUAUGAGUACACCUGGAUGACCAGUGACUGGAGAGGGUCGACCCGCGAUGUGUGGUGCCAGCGUUCAGACGACCUGAACGUCACAGGUGGAUGCCCCAAGGCCAGCCGGCCCCCCUUGGACAGGUCGUGUGACCCAGCCUGCGACAAGCCCCGGUCUGUCUGCACAGAGGCCGGCGUGUGCGGGUGCGAGGAGGGGUACACUGAGGUGAUGAGCUCGGAGAGGCUGCUGGAGCAGUGCACCUUGAUCCCGGUCCUGGAGAUCCCCACGGCCGGACUCAAUGAGGCCGACGUCAAGACCAUCCGCGCAGCCAGCCCCACCCAGCCCACCUCCAGCCAGUCCGGCCGCGCCGGCCGCACCUGGUUCCUGCAGCCUUUCGGACCAGAUGGCAAGCUGAAAACCUGGGUUUAUGGUGUGGCAGCUGGUGUGUUUGUGCUGCUGGUCUUUAUAAUCUCAAUGACCUACCUUGCUUGCAAAAAGCCGAAGAAGCCCCAGAGAAGACAGACCAACAGACUCAAACCCCUAACCCUGGCGUAUGACGGGGAUGCUGACAUGUAGAGUGACCUCUGACCCCUGACCUGCGAUGAUGAGUAAUGUCCUUGGACAGACUGGUUGUCAUGGAAACGCGGCUGCUUCUCAGCAUCAGCACCAUCUGCGGCGUGCUGACCUUGACCCUGGGAUGGGCGAUUGACUUUGACUGGGAGCGAAACGUGGCACAGAUUGCUUAGAGCAAUGGCAUUUGCUUAACAAGCACCCACAUCUUCCCUUUUUUUCCCCGUUUUUAACUGAUUUCAUUCCACGCGAGCCUUCAGGACCCGGACCAAUGAGAGGGAGCCAGCCUUCACUUUUUUCCUCCGUGACACAAACUGCUUUUCAAACCGAGCGCAGGGUGCUGCUGGGAUGCCCCUCCGCCCCGCCCUGCUUCCAGGAAGAGCAGAAGAAGCCACUCCCUCUAUUCUGCCGGUGGCCAAUGGCGCGCAGCCUCCCCGGCAGUGUGGCGGAGCUCUGCUGUAAGGACUUUAGCAUCAGCAGCACGCUGCCGAUUGGUCCUCUGAGGAAGGGGUGGGGCCUACACAAGGACUGUGUCCCGCUCGCCACAGCUCCCACGGAUCUGUCUGCAGAGGGGGGACUCCAACCUAAUGCCAGGCUUUUUAUUACCAGUUUUUUAUCCUCGGAAGAAGUGAACGUUUUAUGGGGACAGUGAGGCACUAUGAAAACAGUGAUUCGCUCAUCUGAACCAAUCACAGCAGCUUGCUGCUAUGAGCAGAGUCUUUUGAUUGGUUCACAUGAGGCAGUGAUUGACAAGGCAUGGUACGUCCACCCAGUAUGGGUCCAUAAGGUCUUACCGUCCCCAUCACUCAAAAAUGUAAAAAUCUGCUCCAAAAAGCGCCAUUGAUUUUCUCAAGACUUUUGGCCUUCUUUCCUUCUCUUCGU